AUGCCAACCGUCACUUCUGUUGUCGAGAAACAACAAGAUCUCUUCGGUCGAAUAGCUCGGGCUUACACAAAUACAAAAAAACUUGGACAAGAGAAACUAAACAAGUUUACAUUAACCGCGCGAAUCCACCAGCUCGACUCAGACUGGAAUAAAUUUCAAUCGAACCACGAUAAAUUAGUCGAAUCUAUUACGGACGAACAACGCUCACUUGACUAUUUCUCAAAAGAUUUAUAUGCAACUUGUGAGGAAUCUUACUUCGACUCUAAAUCGAAUCUUCUUCAAUUGCAAGACUCAUUCGCUGAGCCGAAACCAGACGCACUCAACACUAGUCAAUCGACCUGCUGUUCCGGAUCUAGUCGCACUUUGCCGAAAAUCAGCUUACCGAAAUUCACGGGCAACUAUUAUGACUGGCCAGCGUUCCGAGAUCUCUUCUCAUCGAUGGUCGUGUCCAAUCAAGAUCUCUCUCCCGUGGAAAAAUUGCAUUAUCUACGAAGCCAGGUUUCGGGUGAAGCGUCGCGACUCAUUGCAAACAUAUCGAUUACGUCUGAUAACUUUCCUCGCGCAUGGGAAUCGCUCACUUCGCGAUACGAAAAUAAGCGCGCUAUUGUUUCUUCGAACCUUGAUCGAAUCUUCGACUUGAAACCGCUCACGCAAGCUACAAGUAGCGAUCUCAAGCACCUUCUUUCUACGAUCAAGGAAUUUCUCGGGUCUCUAGCUGCUCUCCACGUUCCCGUUGAAAGCUGGGACUUGAUUCUUGUCCACUUCGUCACUCGAAGAUUGGACCCCACCAUUCUCGAAGCAUGGGAAAUUCACCUCGGUGAGUCCACGAAGCUAACUACAUUCUCUCAACUUGAGGUCUUUCUCGAAGGGCGCAUUCGCGCUCUCGAGGCUAUCAGUUCUCGCAAUUCCGCCUCCAAGUUAACUGCUCCGAAAGCAGGCUCAAAAUCUAAGCCUGUUCGUAUUCACUCAGCUGCAAUAACUAAAUCGGGAUGCUCCUGUUGCUCAGCUUCGCACUAUAUCGCCUCAUGCUCAGAGUUUGUGUUCAAAUCUCUUGACGAUUGUCGGAAAUUCGUUGAGACAAAAAAUCUGUGCUUCAACUGCCUCGGAAAUCAUCGUCUUGCAGAUUGUCGCUGUCUCAAACGAUGUCGCCUGUGCAAGGCUCAACAUCAUACUCUUCUUCAUCGGGAGACAACAUUCACACCAUCAGUUCCAUUUCUUUCAUCAUCGAGUUCGCCUUCCUCUUCAGUAGUAAGUGUCGAGAAACCAACCGCCGUAGCUCACUUCGUUUCAUCUGGAGUCGAUCAUUCCGAGCGACAAACUCUGCUCGCCACAGCUCAGGUUCGUCUCUUGGUUGAUGAGUCACGAAGUCUCGUAAUUCGCGCACUCUUGGAUCAGGAUUCAGAAAUCUCAUUGAUUCGUGAAUCUAUCGUUCAAUUAAUGCGUCUUUCGCGCAGUCGAUCGUCGCUGAACAUCGCUGGAGUCGGUGCUCACAAAGUCGGAUCUGUCCGGGGAGUGGUUUCCGUGCAAUUUCAGUCGUGUGUCGACCCAUCAUCAGUCUUUACGGCAACUGCUUAUAUCCUACCUCAGUUGACAGGUAAAAUACCAUCGGAGCCAAUCAACACUUCUUCAUGGGACCAUCUUGAGGGACUACCAUUCGCCGAUCCAGACUUUGCGACGCCAGCUCAGAUAGAUAUCAUCCUCGGAGCUGACAUCUAUGGACAUCUUCUUCGUGAUGAGCUCCGCAAGGGACCAUCCAAUGCUCCCGUCGCUCAGCACACUGCACUUGGUUGGAUCGUCUCCGGAUCAACCUCGCAAAAAUACAGUCAAAUCCACCAAGUGACGACCGUAUCGCUUUCCUCCGACGAAGAACUAAGUCUCAAUGACUCCUUGCAAAGGUUCUGGACUCAGGAGGACAUUCCGUCAUCGACUCACGCGAGGCUCAACGCAGAUGAACAAGCGUGCGAAGAGCACUUUCGCACAACUCACUCUCGUGAUCCAACUGGACGCUAUAUUGUCAGGCUGCCGUUCCGGUCUGAUAUCGGAUGCCUGGGGGAUACUCGCCAGGCUGCGGAGCAAUCCAUGCGACGAGUACAGCGACAGAUCGUCAUCAACAACACCUUUGGUCAACUAUACAAGAACUUCAUGGCGAAGUACGCUAGUUUACGGCACAUGCAACGCUGCACUGUCCCCACCGACGUACAAUCCGCCUCUGUAUAUCUGCCACAUCAUGGAGUUCUUCGUCAACAAAGCACUACAACCAAACUGCGAGUUGUUUUUAACGGAUCAUACCGCACAAAGUCUGGAUACUUACUCAACGACUGCCUUCACACUGGUCCAAAGCUUCAACAGGAUCUCGACGCCGUUCUUCUCCGUUGGCGUGUGUAUCCAUACGUGUUCGCAGCUGAUAUCGAAAAAAUGUAUCGGCAGAUUCUCGUUCACCCUGACGAUCAACCAGCUCAAAAGAUCAUUUGGAGUGAAACGGGGCCUCCGCUCGAAUAUCUUCUUUGCACGGUCGCCUUCGGUUUAGCAUGUUCGCCAUUCUUGGCAAUACGUGUUAUUUUACAACUUGCUGACGAUGAGGAACAUCGCUUUCCACAAGCUCAGAUCUUACGUGAUGAUAUGUACGUUGACGAUGUGCUUUCAGGUGCUGACACCCCAGAACGCGCGGCUGACAAAGCCAAGCAGUUAGCACAGAUACUCAUAGCGGGCGGCUUUCCGUUGCAGAAGUGGUUCACCAACGAUCUCACCAUACUGGCCAAUAUUCACGAAUCUUCGCAACUUGAUUUUUCGAACCGAGAAUUCAACGCAGAGGCUAGAACUCUCGGACUCAUAUGGAAUCCAAACUCAGAUACGUUCCGAUUCAAGGUCAGUGCUGUUGUCUCUUCUUCUUCUAUCACGAAACGCACAAUUCUGUCUCGUAUCUCUCAGCUCUUUGAUCCUCUUGGUUGGCUCUCGCCCAUCACCCUCGUUGGGAAAAUGCUCAUUCAGCAGCUCUGGAAGGACCAGAUCGAAUGGGAUGACCCCGUUCCAGCCGCAAUUUCGCAGAAAUGGGUGAGCUUCGCCGACAAUCUCACGACCGUGGAGUCGUACUCCAUUCCGAGGUGGCUUCAUACGCACUCAGACUCGCAGGCCAUUGAAAUCCAUGGCUUCUCCGACGCGUCACACGACGCUCUCGGGGCUGUCGUCUACCUUCGCUCAUUCUCUGAGUUUUCAGAUGUUAAUAUCACUUUACUCGUGGCAAAAAGCAAAGUAGCUCCACUCAAAAAACAGACGAUUCCUCGACUUGAGUUAUCCGCUGCGAUGCUGCUGGCUCGUCUGAUCUCUCGCAUCCGCAAAAUACUCCUCAAGUAUCAAUCUGUUCCAGUGCAUCUUUGGCUUGACUCUAGCGAGCUUGUUCCAGAUGCAAAAUGGCACCACGUCGCUGGAACCGAUAAUCCAGCCGACUGCGCAUCCAGGGGACUUCUGCCACUUCAACUUCUCAAUCAUGAGCUCUGGUGGCACGGACCUGCCUGGCUGAAACAACCGUCUGUGAUGUGGCCGACAACCGUGCCCGCUCUCGACGUUACAGUCGAUCUAGAGCAUCGACGCUCUCGCUGCACGAUGAUCAACAUCGCACUCAAGUCAACCUGGGACCUGAUCGAUCGGUAUUCGCAGCUCAAUCGGCUGCUGCGUAUCACUGCCUGGCUUAAGCGCUGUAUUUCUCGGUUCAGAGGCAAUCCACCUCCAUCAAAUCCGCAUGCACUUACGCCUGAGGAAAUUCACGAGUCGCUACUUUUCUGGAUCAAAGAAACUCAAAGCCGCUACUUCGCCAAUGAGUUGUACGCCGUCUCAAAAGGUACCCCACUCCCUCGCUCGAAUCCGUUAUCAAAACUGACUCCUAUUUUAGGUCAAGAUGGUAUUCUCCGAGUUGGUGGACGACUUAACCAUUCACUGCUGGAUCUAGAUGCUAAGCAUCCUGCCAUUCUACCUCGAGAGUGCUCAUUCUCUCGCCUCGUCAUUUCAGACGUGCAUCAUCGAACUCUUCAUGGCGGGGUGCAACUUAUGCUAGCCACGCUCCGCCGGCAAUAUUGGAUUCUGGGUGGUCGCUCUCCUAUCAGCUCGUUCGUUCGACGAUGCGUUCGCUGCUCUCGCUACCGUGCAGUCGCAGCACGAGAACUUAUGGGCCAGCUUCCUUCUUCUCAGGUUACACCGGCACGACCGUUCCUCAAUUCGGGUGUCGACUAUGCUGGACCGUUCACGUUGCGCACAUGGCGUGGACGCUCCGCUCGUCAGUAUAAAGGUUAUCUCGUUGUAUUUGUCUGUUUUUCAUUUUCAGCAGUACACCUAGAGCUUGCCACAGACUACACCACUCAAGGCUUUCUCGCUGCGUACAAACGCUUCACCGGACGCCGAGGCUUGUGUCAAACGAUAACGAGCGAUUGCGGAACCAAUCUCGUUGGAGCCAAUGCCGAAUUGCGACGAAUGUUCUCCGCAGCCUCCAAGGAGCUAGCUGAUCUUGCACACGUUCUCGCUGCUGAUGGCACGGCUUGGAAAUUUAAUCCGCCGGGAGCGCCUCAUUUCGGCGGCAAGUGGGAGGCCGUGGUGAAGUCGACCAAGUUCCAUCUUCGUCGUAUCAUUGGAGAUGCCGUUCUGACAUACGAGGAGUUCAACACGCUGCUAACACAAAUUGAGGCAGUACUCAAUUCCAGGCCUCUCUGUGCAUUAUCGGAAGAUCCUGACGACCUGGACGUGCUGACACCUGCGCACUUUCUCAUUGGGGCACCGCUGGCAGUAGUUCCUGAGCCAAUUUUAAUCGACGUUCCCGUCUCUCAACUCUCACGCUGA